AUGGAAAUUCCAUCAAAUUUUAAAGUGUUCAUAAUUUAAAAGUAUCUUUCUUAAGGAUUAAAUUCUAUUAAAUAAACUAAGCAAAUCUAUGAUUAAUAAUAAUAAAUUUAAAGAUUAGAAUAAAUUAAGAUAGCUCAUAUAAAAAGAGAGCAUAAUUAUUGGCAGCUAUUGCGAAAGAGCUUUACAAGUUCUUUAAGAUAAUGUGAGCAACUAGUUAAAUUAGAAUUUGAACCUUAUUGUGCAGAUAAUUCAGCAUUUGUUUAAGAAAUCGGAGGCUGGCUAGGCAAGCUAAAAGAUCUAAUUGAAUUAUCAUUAAUAUUUAAUCAGAGUACCAAUUUGAAAUAAGAAUCAUGGAAGUAUGUUUUCUAAGGCUUAGAAUAACUAAAAUAGCUACAGAAAUUAGAGAUAAUAAUUGGAGAAUCUUGCUCAUUAGAAGAACAGGGAUUGAAUCUCUUAAGCUAUGCGAUUUCGUCUUUGACUUGCUUGAAAAAAUUAAUAAUUAUAAUAAAUAAAUCUAAUUAUGUUUCUGUGUUGAGCCUGAAGAACUUAGUUGACAAUUUCAAAUAUUUUUCGCAGAUAGAAGAACUAAAACUCUAAGUUUAAGAGUAUCAAAUUGAUAUUUCUGAAGAAAAGUUAAAUCUUUGGUAAGGUCUAUCUUUCUUAUAGUCAAUAUAAGAUUUAGACAUAUCCUUAAAUUUGCAAUACUUAUUAAGGAUAUAAUUUUCUAAAAAUGCUCACACUUUAUUUAUCCAAACUUAUUUAGCUAAAAGAACUUAGUUUAGCUUUAAAUUAAAAGGUGAAAGAAAAGGAAGAUAUUUUUUUAAUUGA